GUUCUUCUAUUCACAACUCUGGUGAUUGUCAAUUGUCAUGUUCCGUUACCCAUGAUCACUAUCUGCACGCCAUUGUUGAAUGUUCUGGCUCACCCCAAAACUUACUGUUAACACUGUGGACUGAGGUAGGGAGUCUUGGGUGGCCGCCCCGCCCUCCCCCACACCAACACCAGUGGUUUCAAAAGUGCAGUGGCCCACGAUGUCUUUUGGAUUCGGCAUCGGUGACCUCCUCGCAGUGCUCGGACUUUUUGAGCGAAUCGCGACCGAGCUUAAGAAUUACCGCGAUGCUCCAGCACAAUUCCAAAAUCUUUCUGUUGAACUCGACCUGCUACAACAUACUCUCAAGCACGUGAUCCAAACCCAAACAGACGAUCAAGACAACAAGCAGAUUCACGAGCAGAUACGAGCCAUCGUCAACCAUUGUCACCAGCCUUUGCAAGCCUUCAUUGACAAGCUAUUAUCGAAAGAACGUUCCUUGGGCCACUAUCGGACUGCACGGCUCAAUGACGUAGGGAUCCGAAUGAAAUGGUCUAUGGUCACGCAGAAAGAUGUCGAAGAAUUGCGAAAAGUAAUGCUCUCGGAAAUGGCUGCAAUUAAUAUGCUUUUGAGCGUGCAGCAAUUGACCAAUCUCAGAAGAUUAUCUGCUCGCUCAAUAGACUCUCGUCAAAGCUCUGAUGCUAUUUUGAAUAAGACCUCGAUGAUCUUGAACCUAGUCCACAAUCUGCCUGAUUCAAUCGCCAAUAUACAUCUGGAAAUCGCUCGGAACGGAGAACAACAGAUUAGACGGGACACGCAGAUGACACAAACAGUUGCAGGGCUAACAUCUCAGGUAACGGAAAUAUUUGUGCAAGGGAAAAAUAGCAUGGAGAUGAUGCGCUCUAGUAAAGCUCGGAUUUUGCGAGAAGUAGCGCGGUUGCAUUCCGUCUUGAAUGACUUGAGGAAGCUUCUUCACGUGUAGGUCCCCGGCACAAUUUUCGAUGCACAGCAUGAGCUAAAUCUUUAAGAUUCUCGAAAUACUCAAAGGACAUGCUGGAAGCCAUUAGCCAGAACACGUUAGUUGUCUUCUCCCACCUAUGUGGCCAGAGAUGUCGAACACUAAAACCACCUAGCCGCAUGCUUCUUGAUAUAGCAAGCCAUAUGAAAGGAAUUGCUCGAGCC